AUGGAAAAUGAACUGGAGCACUUGAACUGGAACAUUAAGCAUGCAUUGUCGCAACUUGAAGGUCCCCUAUCGCAGGAGCUCAACUCCUGUCUCGAAGUAUCUCCAACUGCUCUGAAUUCCUCGAGGUCAGUUUAUCAGAAGCUUUUGGACACAGUGCAAGUGCUGGACAAACUUCUCGUCACUCUGACUCCCCCCCAUAUGCAGUUGGUAGAUGGUGUUUUUGCCUUCACCAACAGCAAGGUUUUGCUUUGUGCGUCCGAAUAUGCACUGGCAGAUCAUGUCCAGAAUCUCCAGCCCUGCAGCAUCUCGGAGCUAGCCAAAGCCACCGGAUUGCAUGAACAAGGCCUGUUCCAGGUGGUCCGAUAUCUUCGUGAAAUGGGAUACUUCUCGCAGGACCCUAAAACCGGUCUCUUGUCCAACAACAGGCUCUCCAAUCUCCUUCGCAAAGACCAUUGGGCCACCUGGGUCAACUGGGUUGACUUUUUCCCUCGCGAGUACUACGAUCUCAUCUCGCAUCUCCCGGACCAGCUGAAGCAAGAUCAGCCUAAAACCGCCACUGAGCUUUUCUACAACACUGACAAGCCCAUCUACCAGUAUCUGGCCGAAACAGGCAAGGCUGCAGGUUUCCACAAGGUCACUGGCACAGGCAGUGUCGUUGAGGCUCCUGGGCUGCUUUCCGACUACCCAUGGGACGAAGUCAAGACGGAGACUGUGGUCGAUAUCGGAGCCGGAGCUGGAGACUUUAUCCGGUCUUACUUGGAGAAAUUUCCAGAAGCCACGGCCGCUGCAUUCGAGCUUCCUUCUACCGCAGAGAUCCUCAAGCAGCGAUUCCCCUCGGAUGACCCCCUGACCAGCAGAAUUACUUCCAUCACUGGAGGAGAUUUCUUCAAAGAUGAAAUUCCCAAAUCAUCUGCUUACCUUCUUCGAUGGAUCUUGCACAACUGGGGCGAUGAGGACUGUGUCAAGCUCCUUCGAAGAAUCCGGGAGAAUAUGGACAUCAAGCCGGGAGUGAGUAGAGUCUUGAUCGUCGAGUCGGUCUUGUUUGAUGGACGCUUGGGACGUGGGGCUAGAUACGCGGACAUUCGCAUGCUGGUGAGGUGCAGAAACAAGGAGCGAACAUUGGGGGAGUACCGAAAAUUGGCGGAAGAGGCUGGAUUUCGGCUGAAUCGGGUUGUUUCCCCUCGAGGUUGCCUCACCCAGAUCAUUGAGCUGCGUCCAGCCGGAACGUGUGCGACGCCACCAUAUGCUAAGCGCAAUGGUCAUUGUAACGGAACUGGUGAAUCAGAAUGGGAGUCAGAGUUGAUGUAG